AGAAGGCAAAAGACAGUAAGCAUGAAAGCAACCCAAAUGAGAAUCAGAUUACACCCAUUCGUCUUCCCAAAAUCCAUUCGAUCUACAUAUAUGUGUGACUUGCUGAGAGAAAACCUAUGCUGGUGUGUUUAUUUUCGAUAGACCCACGCACACAGUCUCAUGAUUUCACUCGCUCUUCACUUUCAAUUGGAGGCUCGUUUCGUAUACGUGAACGGGAGAGCCGUGCGAUCUAUGGAAGUGUGCGAUUUUUGAAGGCACUCACAAAUACUACUAUGCGGCGAGUCGCUCUCUUCCUCGCUCACUGCCCACACUCUUUGGAAAAUGAUCAGCUGUUGGAUCAGCUGUUUGGAUUGCAUGCACAACUUUGGAAAUUAGCCACCAAUUCUGGCUUAUUUGAAAAUAAUAGUGCAAUAUAAACUAGAUGUACUGUACUUUUGAGGCAGCUUCUAGAAUUUCAUCACAAAGUCCCGAGUUUCACGAGGUUGAUGCAUGCUAACAUUCAAAAAUAGAGGCGUUCGCAACAGGGAGGCCUUGCCCGCACGGCUGUACAUUAUAUCGGUGUAUAUACAUAGGUAUGUAUGUACAUACAUAUCAGUGAAAACAACACUGUCGCUAUCUCGCUCACUGAUCGUCUCAAAGCAAGCAAACUAACAAGAAGAGGGAACAAGUUUUCUAACCUAUUCAAAAUGAGUUCCAAUUCUCUAUUCGAAACCGACGAAGAUGUCGCUCAGGCAAACAAGUUAUCCCGAAAAGUGAAGGAGUCCCCCUUUAUGCUGGUGGGUAUUGCCGGAUUCGUGGCCGCAGGUUUGAUUGGAGCCUACAAAUAUCGGAACCGAGGCAGCAUGAGCACCAGCGUCUUUCUGAUGCAGUUGCGUGUGGCUGCCCAGGGAACCGUCGUUGGAUGUUUGACAGCCGGAUUGGCGUACACCAUGGCCAAGGAGUACCUGCUCCACGAGGAACCGAAAAGCAAUACCAGGCCAGACGAAUAAAUAAGAUAUAGUAGGAUCAUCGGCCAAAGACCAAAAAUACAUACAUAAAAUGGUGACCGUUAAUUAAACUCAUCAAAUUGCCUACCUCCCCACCACCUUCAUCGAAUCAGAAAUGGUAGAACAAAUUAUUCUAGAAUUUAAGAAAGUUCUGCAAAGUAUUAGCCAUCAGGUUUAAUCUUAGUUAAAAUUAGUUAACUAUUAAGCGUACACAAUAAAGAAUGUUUCUACC